AUGAUAACAGAGAUAGCGAUUUCAGAGGACAACGAGGUUGAAGCUCUUCUUGAAAUGAUUCGAUUCGACACCACUCAAUUGAAACUCAAGGAUGGAUCUUUUGUCAAUGCGCGGGACCAUAUUAGAGGAAAGAUCGUCGUCCUCUAUUUCUCUGCGAGUUGGUGCAAUCCGUGCCGUCAAUUCACUCCUCUUAUGAAGCAACUCUCGGAGAAGAUUGCCGAAACGAAUCAGCCGAUCGAAGUGAUUCUCGUCUCGAAGGAUUACAUGCGAUUCCAAAUGGAGGAUUAUUACGAAAAAGCCGGAUUCUCGUUCGCCGUCAUUCCAUUGAAAGAUCCAAUCAUUGAAAAAUUGAUGGCGGCCUACAAUGUCGCUGAGCUUCCAAGCUGCCGAGUUGUCGAUGAGAGGGGCUAUCUGAUCGACAGUGAUGCUCGUUUCAAAGUCGAGCAAUACAACCGAGAGAAGCGUCAGAUCACCGAGCUGUUCGAUCAAUGGCGUCACAAGCAAACCGCGAUGUGUGUUUGA